UGUAACAGCAGUGUUCAAGGGCGAAACGCCGAUAACAGCGUAACGAGAGCUUUGUCAACCUCGAAAUUUCCCCGGAUAACUUUCCCAAGACAAACGGUGCGAACUUGACAUCUGACAAGGCCGGGUUCGACCGGGGGAUGCAACGCCGCGAAUUGCACUUCGCGAUUGCAGUCCCGCCGUGCAGCCAGACCGCGCGCGCGGAUGCAAACUCGCGACACGAGGCGAAGUUUGAUGAUGCCCGCGUAGAAAGUGUAACAGUGUAUUAUUGCGCUGCUGAACAAUGGACUGUGAUAUGAAAGGAUAGGAUACUGCAUCUUUUAUUACGUCGCCGAAGAAUAGAGAAGCCCGGGAGCCAAGACAUGGGGAUGAUAAGGUGCUCUCUUCUUGCGGCGGGGAAGAAAGGGACCGGAUGCACGGCAACUCGGGAUUCGUAUUAUUUAUCGAUGCAAUAGCGCCGCGGAUUUCGGGAUGAAACGGAAAGACCGACAGAGACACGGCAAAAAUCCGCGGUUUCGGUCGAAAGAGUUCGAGACUCGGGGAGUUCACAUGGACAUGAAGACGUCGUGGUCUGCCCAAGAAUUGACAACCAAUUACACCAAUCUGGACGAAAUGGCCCGGUUCCAGCAGAAGCAGCUCCAGGAGAAGGAACAGAAGUUGCUGCAGCUUUACGACCAGCAACAGCAACGGGCUUAUCAAGUGGUGCAACGUGGCAGCGCCGGCUCGAACGGCUCGAGUUAUGGCUCCUCCGUCAGCCAACACACCGUCACAAAGACCUCGAGCAACAGCCACACAACCUCGACCUCGCAGGGUGGAAAGGUGAGGCAGAUGUUCGACGAGAGGCGACAAACGACCGUGAAAGGCAUCGACAGGAGCUACCCGUUGGAGCCGCUGGAGAACAAACCGCGAAAGCAGGCGAACGGAAACGCGGCACCCAGAAACGGGAAUUCGACGGUGAACCGGCAAUCGGUAUCCUUGAAACGCGUGGUCCGGGCCGACGUGAACAGCAACCUAAACGCCGGCAAGCCGAUCGUCUCCUAUCACGAGGAAAUCGCUCGCGAAUCGUUCGGCUCGCCCGGGCGCCAGCAGCUAGACGAUGACGAGUUCGGGAACGAGAACCACGUUGCGCAGUAUGCAAAUGGAAAUCAUCGAGACGAGCUACAGAUCGAAGAGGUGCUGGACCAGGACACAAUAGAGAGAAACCGCAUGAUGGCAAAGCUCCACUUGAUGGAGUACGACGAGACGCUGAAGCACCGCAUUAAAAACGACCUCGAGAGCGAGGAAUUCCCGGAGGAUUUCAUGGUGGAUGUUCCUGACAAGCAUCCGAAACAAAGUAUUUCGAAGAAGCUAUCCCAGGCGGAGGCGAGAUUGGAGCGUUUCAGAAACGCUAAUGCGAAGCGCAUUAGCAACACCGCGAGAAACACCGGUCCGUCGCACGUCCCGAAGAAAAGGGUCGAUCCAAUUUUGCCUGGAAAAGCUGCCCCCAGCGGAAGCAAGGAUAGAAAAGCGUCGACUUCUGAACGAUUCGAGGAGAUGCUGUCGUUCUCGGAUACGGAGAGAACCGUGAAACGGGGGAUUCGCGGCUCGCAAUUUUAUCGCGAGCAGCCGCAGAGAUCCGCGACUAGUUAUGGGAGCGAUUCCAAAGCUAGGUUGUCGAGAUUAUCGCCGGAAUCUUCGAGGGACGGCAGAUCUAGGAGCGGAAGCCCGAAAUUCUUUUGGAGCGAGUCCGAGAAGUCUGUCGCGGAUCGUGCGAUUGAUUCGAAGGCGGCUGCAAGAUCAUCGCUAAAUUACUUGAACGACAUAUCCAAAGGUGGAAGUCCAAAAUUCUUUUGCAGAGAACCUGGGAGAUCAGCAACGAGUUAUGCGAUCGAUUCUAAAGCUGUUGCGAGAUCAUCGCGUGAUUACUUAAAGGACAGGAGAUCCAGGAGCGGGAGCCCCGAGUUCUUUUGCAAAGAAUCUGGAAAGUCAGCAACGACUUAUGCGAUUGAUAGAAAAGCAGGUGCAGGUUCAAAUACCAUUGGAAGAUCGUCGCCUGAUUUUUCAAAAGACAGAAGAUCUCGUAGCGGAAGCCCGAAAUUCUUUUGCAAGGAAUCGGAAAAAUCAGCGACGACUUAUGCGAUCGAUUCUAAAGCUGUUGCGAGAUCAUCGCCUGAUUACUUAAAGGACAGGAGAUCCAGAAGCGGAAGCCCCAAGUUCUUUUGCAAAGAAUCUGAAAAGUCAGCAACGACUUAUGCGAUCGAUUCUAAAGCAGGAAUAGUUGCGAAACCUAUUGGAAGAUUAUCUCCUCAGCUCUCGAAAGGCAGUAGAUCUCGGAGUGAAAGCCCUAAAUACUUUUGCAAAGAACCAGGACAGUCUGCAACGAAUUAUGCGAUUGAUCCGAAAACCAUUCGAAGAUUAUCUCCAGAUUUUUCAAGCGACAGAUCUCGGAGUGCAAGCCCGAAUUUCUUUCGCAAGGAAUCUGAAAGGUCGGCGACGACUUACGCGAUUGAUCCGAAAGCAAAAAUAGCUGCAAAAAUCAUUGGAAGAUCUUCGCCGGUUUUUUCAGAACAGAGUAGAUCCAGAAGUGGAAGCCCGAAAUUCUUUUGCAAGGAAUCGGAAAAAUCGGCGACGACUUAUGCGAUUGAUAGAAAAACAGGUGCAGGUUCAAAUACCAUUGGAAGAUCGUCGCCUGAUUUUUCAAAAGACAGAAGAUCUCGUAGCGGAAGCCCGAAAUUCUUUUGCAAGGAAUCGGAAAAAUCAGCGACGACUUAUGCGAUUGAUUCCAAAGCUGUUGCAAGAUCAUCGCCUGAUUAUUUAAAAGACAGGAGAUCCAGAAGCGGGAGCGCCAAGUUCUUUUGCAAGGAAUCGGAAAAAUCGGCGACAACUUAUGCGAUCGAUUCGAAAAGUAAGAAGAAAUUGGCUUCGGACCUUUCAAAGAAUCGUUCUGUCGUAAAGAUAGAACCCGACAGCGAGUUUGUAACAAGAAUCUCUACAAAAUCACCCGUGACGGUGGACGACACCGUGGACAGAUUCAUCAAGGCUCACGAACUUGAUAAGAUCAGAACUCCUUCGCCGACAGGAAGCGUAAAAAGUUACACGAAAAUCGAUGCUGAAAUCGAUCUGAAACCAAGUCGAGCUGGUUCGCCAAAUAUUUUCGAGAGACUUGCAAUAGAUCGAAGCGCCAGUCCUCAAUUUUUACAUCGCGAGUCCAGAAAAUUCUCUCCAACGGCAGGAAUGACUGCCAAGGGACGCGAGAUCGUAUCGAAAUCCCCAGACACGAUUCGAAACCUUUUAAAGCAUCGCGACCAUAGAAAAGUUUCGUCCGACAAAUAUGAAUUUUCCAGUGCUCGAACCACGUCUACAAAAUCGCCGGAGUUUCGAAGGACGGGCUUAAGAAAGUCAAACGCGAGUCCGCAAUUUGUCUCCGAGCGAUCUGCCACGAUCAUGUUCGUGACCCCGGAAACGAUAACGAAAACGAGAACAGGCUACGCAAGGACAGGACAGAAAGCGCGGAGCCCCGCUUUCUCGAUCGGCAAGAUGAACAGUAAUAUCGCGAACAGAUUCGUGGACUCGAGCAGAAGAGACUCCCCCGAAGACGUUGCCGAAAAAUCCAAACGGAGAAUACGAAGCUCGGUGUCGCGAUACUUUCUCGAGCAAUGCGAGAGAGCUUCGAGAAACGCAGAAGCUGGUGCAAGAAACACCGUCCAAAAGCACAGAGUUGCUAGAAAUGCUGAUUCGUACCGAGUCUCGCCUCCGGUCUCGUUGAAACACAUGGAGGCGGUCGGUCCAAUGAGUAAGAGUCCGCAACUUCAUCGGGAAGAGCCUGGGAGGUUCGUUGCGGCGAACGUGGAUCGAAGUAGAAGCGGAACACCGGAAUUUUUUUGUUACGAAACGGAUAAGAUGGCUACAACGGUGAGCCUGAAGCCUAGGCCCUCUAAAGACUCGAUAAGUCCUGCGCGGCCUGAGAGCAGGCUAUCGAAGAGCCCCGAUGUCAUAACUUCGAUUAAGAAUGUUAACGACAGCAGAAGCAGCAGUCCUAUGUACAUGACGGACAGGGAUAAAAGAAUUUUAACACUUUUCCCUUCCAAGCAUGGCCAUUCCAAGCCCUCGAAGGGCCUUCUACGUAAACAUUCCAAGAGUCCCCUACCAACGACUUUCUCUAAAACUAAAUCACCGAAAACUUCUGACGCCUACAACAUAAAUAGAGAUACAAAAUCAGGUAGCAGAAGAAAUACGCCAUCAACAAGUCCGGAAUUCUUUUGCUACGAAACAGACAAAAUGGCUACAACCGUGAGCCUGAAGCCCAGACCCUCGAGGGACUAUUCUAUGAGCCCCGAACCUGCGAGGUCUGAGAGCAGAUCGUCGAACAGACCGGAUAUCUCUACUUCCGGCAAGAAUGUUAACGAAACUAGCAGGAGCAGCAGUCCUGUGUUAGCACAAUAUAUAACAGACAGUAGAAGAUCGUCCCCGGGACUCUUGUCCUCGAAGGAUCUUGCACGCAAACAUUCCAAGAGCCCUCCACCAGCAAACACCUUUUCCAACGAUAAGUCAUCCGGAAGUCCAGAGUUCUUCUGCUAUGAAACAGAAAAGAUGGCUACAACCGUCAGCUUGAAACCCAGACCCUCUAAUGACACAGGAGAGGUCUAUCCUAAGAGUCCUGUCGGGUCUAAGCGCGGAUCGUCGAUCGGUCCUGACACCAGGGACAUCGAUGAUAGCAGAAGCAGUAGCCCUUUGUUAUCACGAUACACAACGGAGCCGCUGCGUAGCUCGCUAUCGUCCACCAAACCGAAAUCCCCAAAGGACCAACUGCGCCGGCAUACCAAAACUCCUCCAUCCACAGGUACCUACUCUAAAGGUAAAUCGCCUAGAAAUCCCAACGUCCUCGAAUUGCCAAAAGAUACGAAACCUGUCGCAAGCAGGAGCCCAGACUUCUUCUGCUACGAGAGCGAAAAGUCAGCCACGACGGUCGGCUUGCGACCUAGGCCGAGUAACUCGAAGAGCUCCAAGUUCGCAGAGCUGCGGACCAAAAGCAGAUCGCCUAAAAGCCCCGAGCAGUUGGCUAAAGAGGCCAGGCUAGCCAUUCGCAGAGGGUCCGGCAAUGUUCUGCGAUCGACGGGAUUGAUUCGCGAUAUCAUAAAGCAUCAAAGACAUCGUGAGAGCGAUUGCGCUGCCUCGACUCUGUCCAGGAGAGUGGAGAGAGCAUCGGGAUUGAAACAGGGAUCGAAGGACGGACCGACCGGAAACGUUUGCUCGCGAGAACGCGAGCUUGUUACCUUGCAGUCCGAGACAAGAAGCUUCGCAUCCGUGGAGAGGACCUCUGAGGAGAUCGCCGUGACCGAUGGAUACGCGAAGCGGGGCACUUACUCGAAGUCAUCGAGAACGUCGCCGACUAAUUGCGAGCCGACCAAGAGCAAAAGAACUUCGUUAGACUCCGACAUGUUCUGUUUAUCGCGGAAGGAUAGAGGAGAGGCGGACACCCUCCGCAGAAGUCCUUCUCCGGGAGGAUCGGUUUUCCGCGGCACGAAGCGCCGUACGACGGAAGAUAUGCCCGGCCCAGAGGAUCCCGGCGAAAGUUCGGGAUCCGGGAGGCAAACAGUCAGCCUGUCGAGGCAGGCUCCAACUUUGGGCUCUAUAGAACUCGUGCGGAAGGUCAUGAGGGGCGGGCCAAGAGCCGUCGUUAAGACUUUAAAAACACAGGAGCUCGAGGGCGAGCCGGCCGCGGCUGGCGGAAUACAAAGGCAAAGUAAUUCCAGCGUAUCUGGGACGGCCGAGGUGAACGACGGAGGAUCAUCGAGCAAGAAUUAUGAGCGGACGGACUCGGUCGAGUCGGCACUCAGGCGGUUCGACUCUAUUGACGCAGAGAACGGCGCCGAGCCGGUUCCAGAUACUUGGCGGCGGAGCGGGGAAUCGGUAGCAGAGAAAAGACAAACGGAGGAAUCGAGGGCCGAGAGCUUCGAGGACGAUUCGAGAACGAUUUCGCUAAAGGCGCUCGAGCGGAGCGCGCAUUCCCCGCGGAGCACCGGGAGCAAACCUUCGGGAACGCGUUUGAAGAGGACCUCGACGAGCGAGCCUUCCUGCCGAGCCAAGGCCGCUAAGCGGGAGGAGGAGUCGGAUCGACGUCGGAAAAGAAUCGCGAAGGGUGGAGACUCCGCCGAAACCGCUGGGAGAACCAGAGCACUGGCAUGCAGGCGCAAACUCUUCCGAGACGUCGAUUCGGCCGUGGAGAGAGCGAGAUCGCGCAGAGAUAAGGUCGGCAAGUCGAGCAAGAGCGAGUCGGCCGGCUCGAGAAGGGCAAACAAAGCGGGAUCGGCAACAGGUAUGUCGGACGGGGAUGGUUCUCUGUCGGUGAAACACCUGAGAUCGAUCGAGGACAUUCGGCGAUCCAUCGAGGACACGAGCUCCUCCUAUCGCGAGGAGGCGAGGGCGUCGAGAUCAGCGGUCGCGAGUAAUGCUUCGAGAGGCGAGGGGAAGCCGCGUGUGUCGAGUAGCGUUGCAUGCGAUAGAGUCGGGAAACAGGUGUCCCAGGCGAAACGAUCGGAGAGACUGGGCGCUUCGCGAGAUUCGGAACGAUUUGUUAAGUCCGCGACCGGUUUCUCCAGGGUGGCGAAGAGUCCGAGUCUAGAGCCGACGAAGCCGGCCGAGACCAACAACCGAGCGAGGAGGAGCGUGCUUUCGCCGCCGUCGAAGAGUCCCGACAUGGCGACGAGGCGCCCUUCCACAGAAUUGAAAGGUUCGGACGCGAAACCGACCAAACGGACAACGCCUACCAAAGAUGCUGAGCCAAUUGGAAAUAGAAAGACAACCGCAACUACGACGACCACGAGAAAAUCGACGGAUGUCGUCGACGGUGAUACCGUACUCGAGAAUGGUCUGCAUUUACAGGACCAAACGGUCGAAACGAAGUACGAUAACGACCUGCAUACAGCGAAGAAGACAUUUGUUAUCGACGACGACGAGCAGCCGCCGAAGGAAAAUAACGGACUAUUUCCAAGGAAGCCGCUGUUAAAAAGACCGUCCAUCGAAAAACAGACACCCUCCGUCCCUAUGCAGGCCAGCAGUUCCACCCCAAAGUCUAAAAUGACUUUGAAGUCGAAGACGUCCAAUGUCGCCUCAUCCUCGUCCAGGUCAUCGGCUUCCUCGAAAAGCGGAUCGAAUUGUACCCCCGACCUCCUGGUUCCCUGUAAAAUAUGCGGACGUUCUUUCGCCCAAGAACGCGUUGGCCUGCACGAACAAAUCUGCACAAAAACGGGUCAAAAGAAGAGAAAGCUAUUCGAUUCGGUAAUGUUUCGAGUAAAAGGUACCGAGCUAGAGAAAUUCGUGAAAAAAGGAUGCGCCAAAAAGCAGCAACCCGAGAAACCUCCGGAGACGAAGAGCAACUGGCGGCGCAAACACGAGGACUUCAUUAACGCCAUACGCUCGGCGAAACAGGUCCAGGCGCACCUGGCCGCAGGGGGCAAGCUGAGCGACCUGCCGCCGCCGCCGCCCAGCGACACCAGCGAUUACAUCCAGUGCCCCCAUUGCGGUAGGAAAUUCAACAAAUCCGCCGCCGAUCGUCACAUUCCCAAAUGCGAGCACAUGCUGCACAACAAACCGGUGCACUCCCGGGCACCGAAACCGAGACGCUAAUUAACGCGACAGCGAACGAUCCUAACUACUUUUCUAUGCUCGCCGAUCGGAAACAAAAUUGGCGCAAUCCAUAUCCUUUCGGGAACGAAAAGUCGAGAAAUAUGUGCGAGGAACGUGAAUAUAAUAUUCGAAGGCAUUUACAACUUUGCGAAAGAAAUUCUUAUUGUACUCUUGAAUUUUUAUGAAGUAACGCACGUAAAUGGAAAUUUUACUCAGCUGUUCGCAGAGUUUAUAAUUCUUAACUUAAAGAGUUCUUAAUAAAUUAUUCAUUGCCAGUUGCAAUAUCACUGGCGAACGAGCGAUUCGUUUGUACGUAGAGUAAUUAUUUUGUUGGGGUACUAUUAUCUGAAAGAAGAUUUUUAUGCUGUCUCAUUGUGUAGCACGCUCGCGAAAAUUACUGUUAACAGGUUUCUGGUAAAGUUUGAAUCGAAAGUAUCGAUGAAAAUGAAAAUUAGCAUUGUCUUCAAGGUUCUUUAAAAUUUGUGGUAUUCCAUUUCAGUUUAUGCGUUAAAACACGAUUUUAAUAUUGGUGAAAGAAGACUGCGUACAUUAAUAAAAAUGUGAACAAAAAGAUUGAUAAAGAGAAAUCUAUGUUUGUAAAGCAUACGGACAAAAUGUUGGAUCUUUCGCAUCCCAGACAAUUGGUGGUAAAUUAAUUGUUAAGAGAUUUUCUGCGGCACGAGUGUGUGCCUCUUUUGUUCACGAUCGACGCCAUUUUUGUACGAAGAUAAUUUGCCGGUUGCGAAAAACUUAUACAAUUUUAUACGCGAUUUACUAUGCCGAAACAUCGUCAACAUCCCCAUUGAACGCAAUGAGAAGUGUGCGAAACGAAAGUGAUACCUGGAAUUGUAGUUCUAAUUCGAACAGAGAUGCAUGUUGCAGUUUAAACAGAACAGCAUGUUGCAGUUUGAACGGAAUCUUGUCUGUGUAUUGUACAUAUGUACCGUGAAAGAAAUUUAAUAAAUUGAUACGAUGCUUUUUCAGAACAAUGGCGGUGAAAAAGAAAAGAACGUUAUGCUUUGUCUAUCGAAUGUUAUAAAUUAAUCUAUUAUAUGGGCGCAUAUGAAACGUUGAGUUUUUCUAGGGGCACUAUGUAUAAUGUGCUUCGAUAAGAUUUUUCAUACGCAUUGAUCUAAUAUCGAAACUAAUGUUUAUAAAUUGAGCAACAAUAAACGAAUCAAAAGGGUAUACGAGCCUCAAAAUUUUUGUGAUACUGUAUUUUGUAAUGACCUGUAAGAGACAGUUCGUAUCGCUUACUUUGUAUACGUAUUUAUAUCUUUUUAUACUGUAGCGUUAGUGAACUAUUACACGAGAGUUAACUUUGCAAUCAUUCGUCCAAAAACACGUAUUGCCUUCGCAUUACAAUCGUAUUUGAGUAGUGAAAAUUGCUUAGACCCGAAGGAUCAACGUUGAUAACACGGUGCUUGAUCAGAAUCACGAGUAUCGUGAUUUAUUCUCUAAGUUUUCAUCGAGAUUAUCCGUCACAUACGUAUGUAUACAUUUUUAUAGCGCUUAGUACCCUUAACGAGAGAAAGUGUGGUAAAGUUAUUGUUAUGAUUAAAUAUUGGGAGCUAAUAAACUAACUUUUUGUUUAAAAACAACAACCGUCUCACUAAACGACGAACUUCUAAAAAUCAUUUAAAUGAAAUCCAGCUUUUGUUAAUUCCUUCUGUAAAACCUUUUGUAAUCUCCAUCGUUUUGUAAAAAAAAACCAGAAACAAAGAUAUCGUAUAAUUCUGAAUUAUCAAAAUAAAAUUCCAAAAACUUA